CCGCGCGGGGACCCAGUCCUCACCCCAUAGGCAGAGCGACCCUCCCGCCUCCCCGCCCGCUUCUUAUUCACCCCCGCCUCGUUCGCUUUCAAAGUUUACUCCCGGCCCGGAUCCGCGGCGGAAGCGAAUCAUGGUUGUCCACCUCGGGAUGCUGCGCCUCGGGAGGCUGUGUACUGCGAGCCUGGGGGCGCGCGGGCCCCGGACGCUGCUCUCUCGACCUCGGCCGAACUCGAAGUUGCAGGGUGUCCGCGCUCUCAGUGCUGGAAUGGUGAACUGCACCAACCCCUUGCCCAUCGGCGGGCUCAGCUACAUUCAGGGCCACACCGACUCCCAUCUUGUGAACACAACGGUGGGCGAGUGCCUUGAUGCCACAGCGCAGAGGUUCCCCGACAGAGAGGCUUUGGUCGUCCUCCAUGAAAACGUCAGGCUGAACUUUGCACAGCUCAAGGAGGAGGUGGACAAAGCUGCUUCUGGUCUGCUGAGCAUUGGCCUCCGCAAGGGCGACCGCCUGGGCAUGUGGGGACCCAACUCCUAUGCGUGGGUGCUUACGCAUCUGGCCAGUGCCCAGGCGGGCAUCAUCCUGGUGUCUGUGAACCCAGCCUACCAGGCCUCAGAACUGGAAUAUGUCCUCAGAAAGGUAGGCUGCAAAGGUAUUGUGUUCCCUAAACAAUUCAAGACCCAGCAAUACUACAACAUCCUGAAGCAGAUCUGUCCUGAGCUGGAAAAGGCCCAACCAGGGGCCUUAAAGAGUGAGAGACUCCCAGACCUGACUACAGUCAUCUCAGUGGAUGCCCCUUUGCCGGGGACCCUGCUCCUGGAUGACGUGGUGGCAGCUGGUGGCAAGGAGCAGAACCUAGCCCAGCUGCGGUACAAACAGCGGUUCUUGUCCUGUUAUGACCCCAUCAACAUCCAGUUUACCUCGGGGACAACUGGAAACCCCAAGGGGGCCACUCUUUCCCACCACAACAUUGUAAACAACUCCAUCCUGAUAGGCCAGCGUCUGAAGAUGCCUUCAAAGACUGCAGAGGAGUUGCGCUUGGUCCUGCCCUGUCCCCUGUACCACUGCCUGGGCUCCGUGGGGGGCACAAUGGUGUCUAUGGUGCACGGUACCACCCUCCUCCUGUCUUCUCCAAGCUUCAAUGGCAAGAAGGCACUGGAAGCCAUCAGCAGAGAGAAAGGCACCCUCCUGUACGGCACACCCACGAUGUUUGUGGAUAUCCUGAAUCAGCCAGACUUCUCCAGUUAUGAUCUCUCGACCAUUCGUGGAGGUGUGAUUGCUGGGUCCCCAGCACCCCCGGAAUUGAUUCGAGCCAUCAUCAGCAAGAUGAACAUGAAGGAACUGGUGGUUGUUUAUGGAACCACAGAGAACAGUCCCGUGACCUUCAUGAACUUUCCCGAGGACACCCUGGAGCAGAAGGCCGGGAGUGUGGGCAGAAUUAUGCCUCACACGGAGGCCCAGAUCGUGAACAUGGAGACAGGCGGGCUGACCGAGCUAAACACGCCCGGAGAGCUGUACAUCCGAGGGUACUGCGUCAUGCAGGGCUACUGGGGCGAGCCACAGAAGACCUUCGAAACGGUCGGACAAGACAAGUGGUAUCGGACAGGAGACAUCGCUUGCAUGGAUGAGCAGGGCUUCUGCAAGAUCGUCGGCCGAUCGAAGGAUAUGAUCAUCCGUGGCGGUGAGAACAUCUACCCUGCGGAGCUGGAGGACUUCUUCCACAAGCACCCGCAGGUGCAGGAAGCGCAGGUGGUUGGGGUGAAGGACGAGCGGAUGGGGGAGGAAAUCUGUGCUUGCAUUCGCCUGAAGAGCGGAGAGACCACCACAGAGGAGGAGAUCAGAGCAUUCUGCAAAGGGAAGAUUUCCCACUUUAAGAUUCCCCGGUACAUCGUGUUUGUCGAAGACUACCCUCUCACCAUCUCAGGAAAGGUCCAGAAAUUCAAACUCCGAGAGCAGAUGGAACAGCAUCUAAAACUGUGAGGCAAAGAUGGGGCCUCCCAGCCCUCCCAGAGCCCCUCUGUCCUCCCACACAAAGGAAGGUCCUCCCAGACUUUCCCAGCCCUCGAACACAAAGGAGAGCCCGCCUAGCCCUUCCUAGCCUGCCCAGGCCCUCCUCAGUCCUCCCACACAAAGGAGGGUCCUGAGUCCUCAUGCCCCUGGUCAUCUUUGUGACUUGGCAUAGCGUCCCCGUUUGGCCGGUGUCUGGCCGGUGUGCUCUCUGUGUAGCUCCUGUGGGAUGGAGAAGGGAAGCGGCAGGAGGGCAGCCAGCACCUCAGACCCAAUCUCCCGGCACUUCGCUGUGCCUUAGCCACUUAAUCUGAGCCCUACUCUGUUCUCUUGAAAUUCCAAGCCACCCUCCCUCAUUUUUUUUUUCCGUUCUUUUUGGUUUUCUGUUUUGUUUUUGUUUGUUCGUUUGAGACUGGAUCUCACUCUGUACCCCUGGUUGUACAGAGUAGAUCAGGCUGGUUUCGAACUCUCGGAGAUCUCAUUGCCUCUGCCUCUGGGGUCCUGGGUUCCAUCUUUUGUGCUACUGUGACUGGUUUUUGUACGCUUGACUCAUUUAAUCAUUUUUCAAAUUGACGCCACAGAGCAGUCCCGAAUGUCAGUUUUGCUCGCUUGUUUUGCAAGGCUGGGAGUCUUAAAGCCCUUCACGAGUACAUGAGGACCUUUCCACUGUCCUACACUCCCGGCCCAAGAAUUACUGUUUUGUUGUUGUUGAAAUAACAGUGCUGGGAGGAAGCUCAGUGGCCCAGAGGACUGACUGCUCUCCCGGAAGAUCCCAGGUUGAUUCUUAGCACCCACAGUCAGCAGCUCACAAUUACCUUUAAGUCCACCUCCAAAGGAUUGACGAUCAGUUCUGACCUCUGAGCCCCCUCCCUUCCCCCUCCCCGCUCCGCACGGGGGUAUAUGCUUACAUAGACAUAUGCAAAUAAAUAAAAAUAAAUCUGUAAAGCCGUA